AUGUUACAAAUUACAUUAGUCGAUUCGCAAUUAUUUACCAACGAUGAUGGUAUUAUACGGCACAUGGUUAAUAACAAGAAUAGGAUACGUCAAAAAGAACCAAAAUCCUCUUCUUCUUCUUCUUCUUCUUCUUCUUCUUCAUCAUCAUCGUCUAUUUUGAACUGUCAGUCAUUUUUGACACUUCAUCAAUGUUCUUCGACAAUGACAAUACCAUAUGGAACGAUGACGACGAGCAGUCCGAUGCUCAAUAAUAAUAAUAAUAAUAGUAGUAUUAUUACAGAAAAAUCACCAUCUCGUUUUUCGUAUCUAAUACGACCAACAACACCAUGCAUAUUUGGAACAGAAAAUUAUGAUGAUAAAUUAGUAGAUGACGAUGAAUUUUUUGUUACUGCUGGUGGUAUUGUUCAUUCAUGUCCAAAUAUCUAUGAAUUGUCAACCAAAGAUGAAUAUGAACAUCGAAUACUACGAUCAUGUAAUAAUUUAAUGUUUAUUAAUAAACAGACAACAUCAAUGAAUAAUCAUUUAAAUACUUAUGAUACAGAAUUCAAUCGUUAUUCGAUUUUACCACGUUUUCAACCUAUAUUAUCAUCAUCAUUAUCAACCGAUUCAAUUAAUUCUGAAAUAGAAUUAUAUAAAAAAAGACAUGCAUUUGGCCUUUCUCGAAAAUAUGAUAAUACUAUGUCAAUAUAUUCAUCAUUUUUAUCAAAAACAUGGAAAUCUGACAAUUAUCUUUUGUUUAUGCCAGUUCGACAUCAUCAGUUUUCAUUACCAACUUCAAAUUAUCGUAAUAAACGAUCACAUUCAUAUGAUAUUCGAAUUCGACGAAUAUUUACAUCUACAUUUUUUUGA